UCACUCUUCAUGCCUCCGUUCCCUUCCCAGCUGUGGGUUGUCAACCCGUCCCGGAAAACUAGCCAGCCAUAAAUAGAAAAGGGUACCGGACAGAGGGGGACACUAGCAAGGGUUUCAAAGCUCGUCGGAGCCUUUUCUUUGCUCGUCUUGGCCCCGUGUCUUCGUCACGAGCAGAGCAAGUAACGCUAUCCAAAUCGGGUUGGUAUCCGCUACAACCCAAUCCGAAAGCACGUCCUAGCUUCCUUCCAAGCUGUGUGAUCGCCGUCAAUGGACGCCCUCCUCGUCUGCUGACCCGCGAAGAUCUUUCUUCGUCUUUCCCCUGGCUCCUCUGUCUGCACGGCAGCCGCUGCUCGCAGAGGAUGGUGGGAGCCAUGGUAAAAGAAGCAGCGGGCCGAAUCGUUCCUCUAAUAUUUCUCCUAUUGGCUCUCCGUUUGGCAGCCUCCUCUCCUGCGGACCUCGUGAUCCUCAAGGCAGAGCGACGAAUUGACUUGACUUCUCCAAUUGUGAGGGCGUCUGUUUCUCUAAAGGUUCAAAAUUCUGGUGCAUUACCUUCUUCUGACGUCCUUAUUGCCUUCCCUUCAACACAAAUUAAGCGUUUAUCUCUGUUGAAUGUGGUUGCAGUUGAGGGGAAAAGGAAGAAAAAAAGUUUCAAACCCCUUACUGUGAACCCCACAAAACUAUCUGAUAUACCAGAGGAUGUUCAUUUGUUCUCUAUUUCCCUUCCCAACUCGCUAAACUCUGGCGAAACCAUAUCAUUGGAACUACUUUUUAUAUUGACACAUUCCUUAGAGCCUUUCCCCGUGGAGAUAUCCCAGUCAGAGUCUCAGUUUGUCCAUUAUGAUGACAGUGCUGUGUUGCUGUCACCUUAUCUGGUGAAGGAACAAGUUACUCACAUUAAAACACCAAACAACAAAAUUGAAUCAUACACAAGGAUUAAUCCUGUGAAUGUUGUGGGUUCAGAAUUAAAAUAUGGAACCUACAGUGACCGCUUACCUUUCUCGUCUGAUCUCAUAAGAGUGCAUUUCGAAAACAACCACCCAUUUGCAGUUGUUGAGGAGUUCACACGUGAAGUGGAAAUAUCACACUGGGGAAGUAUUCAGGUGACUGAACACUACAGUCUUGCUCAUGCAGGUGCUCGACACAUGGGUGUUUUUUCAAGGCUUGACUACCAAUCAAAACCAUCAUUUAAUGGCAUAUCAUCAUUCAGACAUUUGCUUGCUAGAUUGCCACCUCGUGUACACUCUGUUUAUUAUAGAGAUGAGAUUGGAAAUAUUUCCUCGUCACACUUACGUGGUGACCGUCUGAAGUCAGAACUUGAGAUCGAACCAAGGUAUCCCUUAUUUGGAGGAUGGAAAGCCACUUUUAUUAUUGGUUAUGGGCUACCAUUGCAAGACUUUUUGUUUGAAUCCACUGAUGGGAAGCGCUACCUCAACUUCAGUCUUGGUUGUCCCCUAGUUGAGACAACGGUAGACAAGUUAACAGUUAAAGUAGUUCUUCCAGAAGGAUCUACAGACCCUUAUGCAGUAACCCCUUUUGCAGUUGCGCAGCGUCAAGAGAAAAGCUAUUCUUACCUUGAUGUGGUUGGGAGGACAGUCAUUGUGUUGGAAAAGCAUAAUGUAGUCCCAGAGCAUAAUGUUCCUUUCCAGGUCUACUACAAAUUCAACUCUGUUUUCAUGCUUGCUGAGCCAUUCAUGCUGGCAGUUGCUUUUUUCUUGUUUUUUGUUGCCUGCAUUGCUUACCAGCACAUUGAUCUUUCCAUUUCCAAGUCAUGAUGAUCCUCCAAAGCAGACAGGAGGAGUUCGGAAGAGUGGUUGGUCGUAAAGAUAAUAACCUUACUUUCAAUGAAUGAGAAGAGAUAGCCUAGGAUUUGUAAAGAGCCAUCAAUCUACCUGCUGGCUUGAAUAUAUCCUGAUACGUUGCAAUAUUUAAGUAGAAGUAGUUCUUUCUUUCCCCAAUCCUGAGAAUGUGCUUUAAGUGACGCGUUGUUUUUUACCUUAGUUGAUCCGUUAAGCUGCCCCGAGGUGGUGCUUUUCAAAAUGUAUUGGUAAGCUACUUAUGUGCUGCGACUCAUGUAGUUAAAAGUCCUUCUUUAGGACCAUAAUUUGUUUUCCAGCAGUGACAAUUUUUUAUA